UCGCCAUCGUCGUAACGCGCAUUAACCGUUGCGUCGAUGUGCUGACUGUGUGAAAUUCUAUGUCGUUUCUUAACCAACAAAUCAAACCAAACAUUGCACAAAAUAAACACAACGUUACGAUUCUGACUGUUGAACGGUGUAUUUUACACUUGUUCGAAUGAAAACAGGAUAAAUUGAGAACGUACAUAAUCCAAGAAUAAACGAAGAACACAAAGGAGAAGAUCCGGACCGACUUGAAGUACGUUCUGUAUCGCGACUCGUUGUGUAAUCGUGUUUAUCAUUUCUGGCGGUAAAAGUGACCACGAAUAAUUUGUUAAAAAGUGUACCAAUUCGUAUAUAAAUCGACAUAGUCGAUAAAGAAACUUGAAAGAAGAAACCCGGCUGAUGUUUUCAGUGACAGACGACGUCACUUUCCAUUGUGUUCUUAUCUCGAUGAUAUACUAUCGCAUCGUGCACGAAUCGAAUGAUCAGCACAAGUUUAACGGUAAAAAAUAAGAACAGUAACAGUAUAAAAGACGCAAGAACAAUUGAGAUCCAGCCAACGUUGUACUCGUACUGUGACAAUUACUUCAGCGUAUUUAUUUUUGAAGGUACGAUCUUGGUACUCUUGCACUCUGCAUCGCGACGGUAUGAAAUAACAAGAGGCUUGAUUUGAUCGACAAAAUCGACAACGGUAGAGGCGGAGACCGUCUGAUUUGUAGCGUCCGUACUCAAUCCUCAGUGUAGGUUAGUCGGGCGCUCGGUUUGUCGUCCUCUCGACGAUUUCCUAAACGCUCGUUCUUCGUGCUGAUAUUUUUCGCACGAUAACGAGAUUGUUAUCUCCGAGAGAUUCUACACGUUUAUGUGCCAUUUCUACAUAACUGGCCAGGAUAAAGAUACAGUCUUAUUGGGGGUGCUCUGGUACGAUAGCAGGGUUAUCUUAGAAUAAACAAACUGUGACAAAAAAAGAAGCUGGAAGCUGCCUGUGAUUUUUCUUUCAUUACAACCGUGUCGAGCUCUACGAGGAUCAUUGAAAUUGUUUAAGAAGAUUAUCGAAGAAAACGGAAGAGUAGAAACGUUUCAUUUUUGACAAGCAGAAGUGUUCGAUACGCAACGCACAAAUAUGGCGGCAAACAUGUGCAUGCAACAGAAUUGUACCGACUCCGUUGGAUUUUUGUAUGAAAUGAUCACAGAGGAUAUGUGGACACCUUUGGAGGCCAUGGUGGAAUAUUUAGAACAAACCCCGUGGUUGUUUUCUUUGAUCGGUAGCACUAUGAUCGGAUUAACUGGUAUCUUCCCUUUGCUGAUCAUCCCUAUUGAAGAAGGUGCCAAUCUAAAAACAGGAGACAGCGCCGGUACGUUGAAAGUAUUGCUGAGCUUCGCAGUCGGUGGUCUUUUGGGCGACGUCUUCCUCCACCUUUUGCCGGAAGCAUGGGCGAACAGUUCGAUGCAAAAAGUGACCGACGCUGGACAUCCGUCGAUGAGCUGUGGCAUGUGGGUACUUAGUGGCUUCCUGGUGUUCGUCAUAGCGGAAAAACUCUUUGGAUUCGAGCAGGAAGCUGAACCCGAUGAUGCGUUCGCGAAUCAGAAAGAAAUACUCGAUGAAACGAGCAUUGAUGAUGAGAAGGAAAUGGAGAACAACAAUUGUAUCACGUCGAUGGGAAACAAUCUGAAAAAUGGUUUCUCGAAACGUUACACCAAGACUGACUUCGAAAAGGCUAUGAACGAGAUGCAACCAUUUUUGGAGAAGAAGAAUGGAUACUCUCACUUGUCGAAUGGUUACAAAGAUACUCAUAAGAAUGGCUUUAUCAAUGGUAUCAAGCCAGUCUUAAUGUGCAGCGAGUUCUCAAAUACUCUGAAAGGACUGUCGUUAAAUGAUGCGGAAGAUUGCUUGAAGAAAUUGACAAAAACCAAUGGCUUCUCGAUUAAAUCAUCAAAAAGUAACGUCCCUAGCGCUAAAAAGAUUCCUACGACAGACAAAGCCAAACACAUAACCGGUUACCUUAAUUUGGUAGCCAAUAUCAUAGACAAUUUCACUCAUGGCCUGGCCGUGGGUGGUUCAUUCCUUGUUUCCUUCCGUUUGGGAGUUCUUACUACUUUUGCUAUUCUCAUACACGAGAUACCUCACGAGGUUGGAGAUUUCGCUAUUCUGUUACGCAGUGGAUUUAACAGAUGGGAUGCUGCGCGGGCGCAGCUUCUCACUGCCACUGGUGGCAUUUUUGGAGCUAUGUUUGCAGUAUGUUUCUCCGGCGGUGAAGUAGGCGCAAAAACAAGUUGGAUAUUACCAUUCACCGCGGGUGGUUUUCUACACAUUGGAUUGGUAACCAUUUUGCCUGAACUGCUUAAAGAAUCUAAUCCCAAAGAAUCUUUAAAGCAGUUCACCGCGUUAUUAUUCGGUAUUCUCGUGAUGGCAAUUCUAACAAUCUUUUGCGACUAGGGUUAGGCUGUUUUAUAAUAGCCUUUAGAAUUCAGUGGUCGAUCUACUAAUGUUGGUGCUUACCGAGGAUAGAGUUUUUUGAGGGUAGGAUCUCGGUACGUACCAGGACAGUAAUUCGAGUUUGCCAUAAAAAAAAAAGAAUUGUACCGUGUAAUACUUGUUGCUCAAUAGGGGUGAAUGUACGUUGUGAGACGGCGAAAACGAGGAACCAUGAUUUCAUUACGCGAAUGUAGUAUUUUCUUUUCGUUUUUUUUAAAUCGGUCUAAUACUGGUUUUGAGUUUACCUGUGAUCAUCCUUAAUGAAGGAGUUUCAUUUGCACCUCGGUGAUGUACGUCGGUCUCGUUUUGCGGUGAGUAAUGUUCGUGUUUUUCUGAAAAUGAGAGAAGUAAGAGAAUGAAAACGAAAUGAAAGGAAGUAUUUAUACAAAUUACUUUUAUAUUUUUCGAUCGUUUAUUGGGGAUCGUAUUAUUGGCAAUUCGGUAUUAUCAAUUUAUAUUAAUACCUUGAGAGAUAUUGUUAUAAACAGUUGCAUAGUUUAUACAUGAAUAUAUACAUGUUCCUCUAUAAACUAUCGAAAGCAUGUUGUAAAGAAACGCGAUUCCGUUUUUGAGAUAUCGACACACUUAAACCUUGUUAUCCAGAAAUUCCAUAUGUGAAUCUAGUAUUGACGUAUGACUUUCACGUUGUGAAAUGAAUCAUUGUGUAUAUAAUGUUUAUGCUUCCUUGUUUAGUGUUUGAAAAAAAGAAAAAAAAAAUGAAAGAACAUUUUGUAAACUACACACAGAAAAAGCAAGUAUAUUUUCGGAUAUAAACGUCAGUUCGUUCGACACACGUACUCCGACACGACAGAUGUAUAUUUUAAGUUCCUACACAGUUUUGUAAAUAAUAUAUCGAAUUUACUAUUUUAUCGUGGAAGUAACAAGGAAAAAAA